AAGAAGCCACAGCCCUGCGAGACUGAUAAGGAAUUGUAACUUUCUUCCUGUUUUAUGAUAAACAUGUUGUUGGUGGACGUUGGUGAGUCUGCGGAUUUCAGCCACCUGUAGCUGGAUUUAAGCUAAAUAUUAUGUUCACACCUUUUAAAGGAAUGAAACAGCUGCAGCCUGGAUUAUACUCCAACUGCGGUUUAGGGAGUGUGAGCAUUAACAAAAGUGUCGUCAACGAUCGAAUCUGAGAGCAGCGAUGAGAGGAAACACCGCGAGACGCGAGCGCUUCUUCUGACUAUGGGCACCGUGCGCUCCUGGCGUUGUGCGUAAAUCGCUGUGGUGGAUCCACACACUAUGAGACGCAAUGGCAUGGUGUGAUCGAGGGGUUCAGACUUUGCUGGCCAUCGCGGGAGCCUUUGCUGCUUUCAGCCUCAUGACCAUCGCCAUCGGCACCGACUACUGGCUUUAUUCUCGCGCGUACAUCUGUAACGCCACUAAUGUCACCACAGACGAGAACCUAAUACAAACUAAGAAAGUCAAAGGGGACCUAACGCACUCUGGACUGUGGAGGAUCUGCUGCAUCGAAGGUAUCAAUAAAGGAAGCUGUUUCCGGAUCAAUCAUUUUCCCGACGACAAUGACUAUGACACGGACAGCUCUGAGUACAUCUUACGUAUAGUGCGUGCAUCGAGCCUGUUCCCCAUCCUCAGCACCAUCCUGCUGAUGUUGGGCGGCCUGUGUGUCGGGGUUGGACGCGUCUACAGCAGCAGGAACAACAUCCUGCUCAGUGCUGGCAUCCUCUUCGUGGCUGCAGGCCUGAGCAACAUCAUUGGCAUCAUCGUCUACAUCUCCAGCAACGCUGGUGAUCCCAGUGACAAGAAAGACGAGGACAAGAAGAACCAUUACAACUAUGGCUGGUCCUUCUACUUCGGCGCCCUCUCCUUCAUUGUGGCUGAGUCAGUUGGCGUUCUUGCUGUCAACAUAUACAUCGAGAAAAACAAGGAGACGCGCUUUAGACCUAAGCACGACUUCAAAAACAUACCUUCCUCCUCACCUUAUUCUCGCAUCCCCAGUUACCGCCACCGGCGAAGGCGAUCACGCUCCAGUUCAAGAUCUAGUGACCCAUCCAGGGAUCCCUCCCCAGUCAGGAUGAAGAGUGGAGGAGGUGGUGGUGGAGGAGGAGGAGGGUUGGGAAUGGGGUUGCCAAUGGGGGAUAUAUCCAUGUACACACUCAGUAGGGACCCCCUGAAGGGUGGAAGUGGUACUGCAGGGCCCUACAGUCCUAAGAGAGACUCUGGGUUUCUACAAGUCCACAACUGCUUCCAGAAAGAUCUGAAAGAAGGAGCAAACAGGAGGACCACACCAGUAUAAGGUCAGGAGUGCACUGCUCUGUGAAAACAAUAAGCUUCGUGGAGCACAUUUGAGUUUGUACAGUUGAUGAGAAGGGACACUUUCUGUUCACGCAGCAGCGAUGUUUAAAGGUCGGAGCUGAGAAUUGUAUUAAUUGCGUCUCUCUGUCACAGAACAGUGCCAGUCCGUGUUUCAUUUGGAGGAAGAAGAAAACGGAUAUCAGAACACAUUUUAUGAUGUGACUUUCUGUAGCAAUAUUUGAACAUUUGAUUCCCACAAUAGAAAAAAAACAAAACACUAUUUGUGAUGUUGGCUUUUACAGAGAGGCUGACAGUGUACUGCACAUUGAAGGACAGUCACAUAAGACUCAAUUAAAGGAUUCAUCUUAUCAAUUAAUCUCCUUUCUUCUGAGGGAGAAAAGAUUGUUCAUAAUCAGAGUUAUUGUACUGCGUUUCCCUGUAACUUAACACAAACGGUGCUAACUUAUCCCGUACACCUUUGAUCAUCUCCAGCUUUCUCCACUGCCAUUUGAAUACUUAAACUGUAUCUCAGUAACCUCUCUCAAGCUCGUGUGUGAGUCGCGUGGUAAAUAUGUGUGUAUUAUGGCUUUGAAACACUUAAGAGAUAUAAGCCUUCUAAGAAUAUGGAAUAUGCGAAGACGUAUGUCAACCAAAAUACAUUCCAGUAUGCAGUGUGAUGUAUCAGUAUAAGCAUUGUUUGUACAGAUUGUGUGUGAAGACUGCUCUCCAUUUGCUCAGGGACGAUACAUUUUCUUUCUGCACUAAACCAGACAGACUUUCAGUCGGGGUGUGUAAAAGCAGAGGUGAGAUCACACUGUUAUGUCUUGCUGUUGAAUUAUUAUGACUUCUGCAUUUACUGCCUUAAGGUUUAUGUCUGCUACAGUUUUGGGGUUUUUUUUUGUGAUCAUGUCACAAAAAGAAUCGCCUACUGUACAAACCCUGUUUCAAGAAAAAGUGGGACACUUUCUAAAAAUACAAUGAAAUCUAGAAUGUGCAGUUUGUUAAUUCACGGAAGAUGAAAAACAAUUGAUGGCCACAACAAAGAACUGGGACAGAGGCAAACAUAGUCUAUGAACUGAUCAACAAUUCUGUCUGUUUUAUACCCUCACCUGCUAUUAGUUAACCUGCUCAUUGUGGAACCUUUCAGUGCAGCAUUAUUUAUACAAGUUAUGUACAGUAUAUUUCUGUCUUUCGACUUUUUAAGAAUUGUUGGUUUAUAAAAACAAACAUUUGCAAAGCACAGGAUUGUCAGUGGGAAACAGUGAAAAUCUUUUCUGUGGGCCUUUAUGAGAAACAAACAAAGACAGACAAAGAGACAGAUGCUUUGUCCAUCACUUUUGGGAAAUUAAGGAUUUGAAUCCUUUAAAUACACGAUUAAGUGGUUUAACAAAUUAAAUCCUUUUGUAUUUUAAUUGCAUUUUUAGAGCAGUGUCUGAAAAUGGGAUUUGUACAUUUGAUGCAGAACUUGCAAUUAAAAUGUCUCUAUGUUUAUCAAUAAUUCUUUUCAGAAGAAGAACCAACAUUUGUGUCACAAUGUAGUUACGUUAACAUUGUCCUGCUGAAUCGGACGCGUCUACCGUUGCAUGAUGGAUAUUGAAAUACAGUAUGUCACUGUCAUGUCAAAGAAUGGCUCUGUGUGCAGAUACUCUUACUCUUUUGAUUGGUUUGCUGUUGAUGUAAAUCCCUGUCAAAAUGCCUUUGGUCCCAUUUCUGACAGAAAAGCAGUGGUUUGUAUUAAAUCAUAAUUAAAGACUGGCUCCCACGUUCAAACCUAA